AUGCCAUAUAAGUCGGGUGUCGCCCCCACCAAGCGCGACUUGGUAGUGGUACCGCCACGCGGCGCCGGUGGCUUUUCAUACCGAGUGUGGGAAAUUAAUUCAACCCCGCGGCCUGAUGCCAGCGCGGCUGAAGACGAACCGGAAAUCAGUAGAAAGGUCCAGCAACGUAUUCACACUAUGUUGCAGAACUGGGAACAGAGAACAUCGCAGAUCAUACUGAAAUGGGGCGAAAUGGGGGUUAAAUCUCCAGAGCACUCGCGCCUUGUGUGGCGACAGGCUAUGGAGGAAAAGGAAAUGGUGAAGAUUCAACGGGGACGGGAUAAACUAAAAGCGGAACGGCAAAGGAAACAAAGGUGGAGUCAGAAGUCUGGAUGGUCGGCCACAAAAGCAUGGAAUCGGCAAGGUGGUGCAGUGACGACAGGAGGCACUGAUAAUGGCCGUGAAGGCAAGCGUGUCGUUGGACCACAUGACAGUAUGCGCACACCAGAGGCAGCCCCGCUUGCGAGCACAUCUCUGUACUCCUCUACGAGCCACAGGAAGUCAUCCGAGUGGAGGACCACUUCCGUUAGCCGAGGUACUUCUGUCUCUCUGUAUAGCUCAAUUCCAAAACAAAGUACGCUAUAUACAAACGAUACAGAGGGUACUACGCGAAAUUCUUCGGAUUCUAGUGAUUACAGUUCCGCUUCUGAUUAG